AUGCGCCAGCCCACGUUUGCGGCGCUGAGCCUGCUGCUCGUCGCACCGUCGCUGGUCGCUGCCGUUCCCCAUGAUUCCACUUCCACUUCCACUUCCACUUCCACUCGUUCGCCAUCAUACGACCCCGACUCCACGGCCGCCCAUGACACCACAACACCACACACACCCCCAAGUCCAUGGCGGAGACUGUCCGAAGCCAUCAUCCGCAGGAUAGGGAGCCUCCCACACGAGAACCACCUGCAGAAGAGCAUGCUCGCUCUUGCAACCGGCCCAUCCAGCCGUGCACCUGGCAAACAGUGGGUGGCCCACUAUGGCGGCGACGUCGUCCUGCGCUUCAAGAUGCAGACGGCCGACGAGGCACGCGCACUAUCCCAAGCAGCAGCCACCCUGUUUCUCGACGUAUGGGAGUUCAACGAGGACUGGGCCGACAUUCGGCUGGCCAAGGACGUCCUCCCAUCACUGCUGGGUCUACUUCCCCGAUCGCUGCACGCGUCGUAUGAACCCCUCAUGCAAGAUGCCGCCCUCGUGCAAGCCAUCUUCGACACAUACCCUUCCUCGUCCGCUUCACCAUCACACAACACCAAUCGCUUCUCACCCAACCUCCGGCCAUCCCCUCACCAUGCCAACGGCCACCCCUUUUUCCAAGACUACCAACCACUCUCAGUCAUCGACCCCUGGAUGAGCCUCAUGUCUUCCAUGUUCACCACCCACGUCCGCAAAAUCAACAUUGGCAUCAGUUAUGAAGGACGCGACAUCCCUGCCCUGCGCGUAGGCGUACACCCCACAAACAAGGACGAGCCUACCAAGCCUCGCAAGACCGUCCUUAUCACCGCCGGUCUGCAUGCCCGCGAAUGGAUCUCCACGAGCACCGUCAACUAUCUAGCCUGGAGUGUCAUCAAUGCCUACGGAAAAGACCGUGAGAUCACGCAUCUCCUCGAAAAGUUUGAUUUCGUCUUCGUCCCUACACUGAACCCCGAUGGCUACGUCUAUACCUGGGAGACAGACCGCCUGUGGCGCAAGAACAGACAGCCCACAAGUCUCCGCUUCUGCCACGGCAUCGAUCUCGAUCGCAGCUUUCCCUACCAAUGGAAUGGCGAUCAAAUGGGCUCGAAUCCAUGUAGUGAAUCCUUUGCUGGCGAUGCGCCAUUCGAGGGAGUGGAAUCGCAGCGCUUUGCAGACUGGGCCAGGAAUGAAACAGAAAGUAACAAUGUCGAAUUCGUGGGCCUUUUGGAUUUGCAUUCGUACUCGCAGCAAAUCCUCUACCCAUACUCCUACUCCUGCCAUGAUGAACCGCCCUCCCUCGAAGAUCUCGAGGAACUCGGUCUUGGUCUCGCAAAAGCGAUUCGCAUCUCACGCAAAGGUCACACAUACAAAGUAACGUCUGCGUGUGAAGGCAAUGUCGCCUUUGCCAACAAGGAGAAGACGGUGCUUCCACGCAUCGAGUCCAGUGGAGGCAGUGCGCUGGACUUUUUCUAUCACGAGCUCAGAGUCAAGUACUCUUAUCAGAUCAAAUUGCGAGACACGGGCAACUAUGGUUUCCUGUUGCCAAAGGAAGAAAUCAUUCCUACCGGAGAGGAGAUGUUAGAUGCUGUAUUGUAUCUUGGACGGUUCAUGUUGGGUGAGGUGGGGUGGGCGAGGAGAAGGAGUAGGUCCAGAUGGUCUGCUCCAGAUAGGGGGACAGGGGACUUUGAUGAAGCCGAGCAGGUGGCUAUUGAGUUGUAG